CAGACACACUGGACAGCUGAACCGGUCCUGAUCUACUGAAAUACUGGCCUCGGCCAUUUUCCUGAACUCACACACUGACAGAGUGAGAGAGAGUGUGUGUGAAAGAAAGAGAGAGAGAGACAGACAGAGAGCAUGGCACUCUGAAGUCAGUUUUGUUUUCUAUUAAUGAGUUUUAUUUAUACUGGUAGAGAGAGUGGGCGGAGCUUUAAGCAGAAAGUUGUAGUUACAUAUAAGAGAGAGGUGUGCAGUGAUCUUGCAUUUAACUGCCAUGAAUGUUAGUGAGAUAGCGUGAUGUGAAAAUGUAAACGGAGGCAUCCAUCCAUCCAUUCAUCCAUCCAUCCAUCUUCUACCGCUUACUCCUUUUCAGGGUCACGGGGAACCUGGAGCCUAUCCCAGGGAGCAUCGGGCACAAGGCGGGGUACAACCUGGACAGGGUGCCACUCUAAAGGGAGGCAUUUGCACUCAAUUUAAAGCAGAGUAGAUACUUUAAGAGAUAAGGGAACUAAGUACAAGAACAAGGUUGAGAACGAGGCAUAGCGAUCUCAACAGCACACUUCACACAACAGGAAAACAUCCAACGUGACUCUGUGAUCAAUGCCAUGAGGAUGAGACUGUCGAACAUAUUUUUAUGUCGUGGAAAAUUCACUCAUGGAAGGCAGGAAGUGAUGACUCAGUUACGGGAAAUAGGAAGGGUAGAGGGCAAUAUUAAAGCUAUAUUAGAAUGUGCAGAUAGCAAGAAAUGGAGGACAUGUUUGUUUAAUUUCUUAAGAAAGACUGGACUGGAAAGAUGACUCUAAAAUAAAAGGACUAUAAUACAGGACAGAAGGUGGCAGUAAUGCAACAAUUUGGAUGCCAGCUGCCGUAAAACCCCAAAGAAGAAGAAGUAGAAUUCAUAACCCCUCUCCAUUUGAGCUCCUCCUCCUCCUUCUCCUCCUCCUCUCUCUCUCUUUCUCAAUCUCUCUCUCUCUCUCUCUCUCUCUCGCUCUCAAUCUCUAUCUCUCUCUCUAUCUCUCUCUCUCACACACACACACGCACACACACACAGACACGCAGAACCAGGAAGUAACUCCUCAUUUCAGAAAAAACAAAACGGAUCUCUCUCGUUCACAGUGUGUGGGUGCAGGAAAAUGGCCGAGGCCAGUAUUUCAGCAGAUCAGUUUUCAGUGGACCAGUUCAGCUGUCCAGUGUGUCUGGAUCUCCUGAAGGAUCCGGUGGCGAUCCCCUGUGGUCACAGUUUCUGUAAGGUGUGUAUUAAUGACUGCUGGGAUCAGGAGGAUCAGAAGGGCGUCUACAGCUGUCCUCAGUGCAGAGACACUUUCACUCCGAGGCCUGUUCUACGCAGAAACAACAUGCUGGCUGAAGUGGUGGAGAAACUGAAGACUGAAGUCCAAGCUGCUUCUCCUGCUCACUGUUACGCUGGACCUGGAGAUGUGGAGUGUGAUUUCUGCACCCAGAUGAAACAUAAAGCCGUCAAGUCCUGUCUGAUGUGUCUGGCUUCUUACUGUGGAAUUCAUCUGAAACCUCAUCUAGAAAUUACUGCUUUGAAAAAACACACAUUAAUCAAAGCUUCUGCAAAGCUACAAGAGAAGAUCUGCUCUCAACAUAAUAAGCCAAUCGAGAUCUACUGUCGUAGCGAUCAGACCUGCAUCUGUUACUUGUGUACGAUGGAUAAUCACAAAGGACACGACACCGUCACAGUCACAGCAGAAAGAGCCGAGAAACAGAGUGAGUUAAAGAAGGAGCGGAGGAAAUCCCAGCAGAGAAUCCAGGAGAAGCAGAAGAAGGUGCAGGAGCUGAAACAGACUGUGAACACUAUAAAGCUCGGUGCACAGACGGCAGUGGAGGACAAUGAGAGGAUCUUUACUGAGAUGAUCAGCUCCAUGGAGAAAAGGCGCUCGGAGGUGACGGAGCUGAUCAGAGCUCAGGAGAAGGCUGAACUGAGUCGAGCUGAACGACUCCUGGAGCAACUGGAGCAGGAGAUCGCUGAUCUUCAGAGGAGAGUCACUGAGCUGGAGCAGCUUUCACACACACAUGAUCACCUCCACUUCCUCCAGGCUUUAGCUUCUCGACGUCGGUCUCCUCCAUUAGACAGAGCAGAGUUUCAGACAUCCAGCAUCACUGACCGUCAACAUCUCUCAUUUGAUGGAGUGAGGAAUUCUCUCUCGGACCUGAAGAACAGACUCGAGGAAUUCUGUGAGGAGGAAUUCAACAAAAUCCUUCCACAUGCUGCAGCAGUUCAGAUCAUUUCACCAUCAGAGCCACAGACCAGAGAAGACUUCCUGAAAUAUUUCUGUUAUCUGACUCUGGAUCCCAACACGGCACAUCGUUACCUCCUUCUGUCUGAGAAGAACAGAGCGGUGAGGUACAGUGAGAGACAGCAGCAGUACUCUGAUCAUCUAGAGAGAUUUGACUCUAUCUGGCAGGUGUUGAGUAAGGAGAGUGUGUGUGGACGCUGUUACUGGGAGGUGGAGUGGAGCGGUGAUGGUGUGUCCAUAUCAGUCUCAUAUAAAGACCUCAACAGGAAAGGAGAGGGUGACGAGUGUGAGUUUGGAGGCAACAAUCAGUCCUGGAGUCUGUGGUGUUCUUCUUCUUCUCUCAUCUUCUAUCACAACAACAUUGAGACUUAUCUCACGGUUCCAUCGUCCUCCAGAAUAGGAGUGUAUGUGGAUCACAGUGCAGGAACUCUGUCCUUCUACAGCGUCUCUGACACGAUGACGUUCCUCCACAGAGUCCACACCACUUUCACUCAGCCUCUAUACGCCGGGAUUGGGUUCCACUGGUUGUUUGGUUCUACAUCUGUGAAAUUGUGUGAUCCAGAAUGAAGUGUGUAGUGUUUUACGUAAAAUUCCUGCACAUUGCCACAUUGUUGCUCAGUCUAACUAGCACACAAUGCAGCUGCACAAAAAGACAUUUUAAUGUAUUAAUUAAAACGAUGAGUAAUUUUACAAUAAUAAAAAAGGAAAUAUUCAAAAUGAACUCUCAGAUAAGAAACUAGUAGAAUUGAAAAAAAAAAUGAUCAGAUGAUAUCUCGUGACCUUAGCGUUAUAAAGUUCUAUCUGUUUGUUUCAUAUUCAGCAACCUCUCAUUAAAUAACUAAUAAACAGUAAUAAAGCCAGUACAGAGCAACAUUUUAAACCUGUUAACGUCACACUAUAUAAAAUAAAAUCUAAACUUUUGAAGGAAUUAGAUUGUUCUGCUUGUGUUCUAAGAUGUAAAAUACACGUUCACGUUUUAAAAUCUGAAGUUGUUUCUAAAGCCUGAAAUUUCACUUUAAAACAUUUAACUCUAUUUAAAAUCCAUUAGAACAUACAGAACAUGAUUGGUUAAGGCUGCCUGUGUUGUGUUCAUCCCAUAUUCAGCCUGGAUGAUGAUGAUUGGACGGCAGAUAGAACCGUAUAAAUCCAAGUUUAUCUGUGAGUUUUGAAUUCUUUAUUAAAAUAUUACAAUCAAAGCUUUGCAGAGUAAAAGAUAACAGCACAGGAGAAUAAAGUUUCCCCCAGUGAUGAAGUUUAUGUGGUUCACUCAUCUUCAGCCAAAAUGCAAAGACAGGAGCUUUUAAUACUGAGAUGAGGAUUUAUCAGCAAGCCGCUGUAUUGAUACAUAAGGGUUUAAAAAAAAAAUCCAAAUCAGUUUGACUGUAUAUUUUUAGAUGAUUUACUCAGUGGGAAAUAACUACCGUGUCUUAAAUAUGGUGUUUUUUUUCAAAAAAAAAAUUAUUUUAAUGUUGUAAUAUAUUGUCUGUGUGGAUAAUGAUGAUAAAUAUGUCUCUGUUAACUGUACCUGUCUGUGGUCUGACUCCUGAUUUAGAUUCUCAAUAAAAUAAAGCGCUCAAAUCCA